CUUCUUCCUUGUCUCGCUGCCCCUUGAACGCAAACGAAUCAUCUACAACCAGUUUAAUCAAAGAAAGCGUUCACUUUUUAUACCCCCAUCGCGCGCGUACAUCGCCCCAUCGCCCGAACAUAACGAACCUCGAUUGAUUAUCCUCGCAUGGUGAAGGAUCACGCGAGGCCGAGCGCGAAAGACGAUGCAGCGAGGACAACGAUAGCGGCGAUGGGUGGCUCAUCGGCGCCCCCCGCCCCUAGCCCCACGUUCGCCAACCGCCGCGCUGCGAUCCUCCGGAUCAACCAACUCGGGCCCGGUGCAUCAGCCUCCUCGUCCUCCGCCCCCACCGCACGCCCGCAAGCGCGCGGCGCCUACCGCCAAAAGCAUACGUGGGGGCAGGUGCCGCCACACACGCACUCCGAGCCGCCGAAAGAGACACCGCGACGGCACGGUGGGUUCACGUGCGUGUCCCCGUACUACGAGGUGCGCGGGAACAAGAUCACGCUGCGCGUGUCGGACGGGGACAGGACGAACGUACCGCCUGCAGAGCCGUACGUCGUGGGCACCGACGGGCGCGUGUGCUCCUUCGAGCGCGUGUGGCCGAGCGAGUGGCCGGCGAAGAUGUGGAAGAGGAAGAUCGGGCGGUAUUUGGCGCGGGUGGUGUUUGAGAGGGGUCAGGAACCGGGAGAGCACAUCUGGGCGCUCUGGAAAUGGCCGGAGGGGUAUACGCUCUGGGUGAAGAAGACCAGCAAGCUAGGCGCGGGCGAAGACCACGACGUCCGACGGGAUUAUUAUCUGUAUGGAUCCUUGAGCCCGCGGUGCCGAUACUUCAGCUCGCCGAAGGAGUUCGUACUGCACGCCGAGUGGUUGAUGAAGGGCAUGCCGCGCGAUGGGCGGAACGGCCCCUUGUGUCGAUGUGAGUAUUGCUCGGGGCGGUCGCAGACGGAGCUGAACGACACGAUUCUGGAUGUGAAGCACGCGUUCUUGCCAGCUGUGUCGGAUAACGAAGAGGGGGAAGAGGAUGACUAGAAUAUAGUGUGUUUGUUGUUGUAUCGAAGACAGUAAUAGUGUACGCGGGAACAGCGAAGACCAACAAUCUAACGGUCUCCACGG